UGGUCGGCCCGGGCACACGCUGUCCUCGUCCACAAACUUGAGCAUCAAAGUCAACAGUUAAGUGAGAGAGAAGAGCGAGCUUCAGCCGACGUGUAGCGCCACCUGACUUAUAAAGAUAAAUAACAAGAAAUUAAAUGCUUGAGGAGAUAACAUGGAAGAAAUUAUCUGAUGGAGUUAAUUAAAUUGCAAACAUUUGUCAGUAGAUGUUAAUGUUGUCAGAGGUGAUCCGAGCACAGGCAGGGAAGAUGGCGGAGCAUGGCGGCCUCCAGCGGCGAAGACUCGACCAUGAGCGUCCACACUGUUCCUCCAGCAGCGCAGCCUCGGAGGAGAAGUAUGGUCUGCGUCCCAGAACUAUCAUCAAGAGGCUACAGCAAGAAAGAGUUCGUCAGGAGGUUCCCAAGAGGGCGGCGAGGCCCAAGUCGAGGCCGGCGCCGCUGUCCAAGUAUCGGAGGAAGACUGCCAAUGCCCGAGAACGUCACCGAAUGAAGGAAAUAAACAACGCGUUCGAAUCUCUUCGUAAAGUUCUUCCUGACGUCAUGGAAGUUGAGGCAGCUUCGUCUUCCCUGACCAAGAUCACGACCCUCCGCCUCGCUGUCAACUACAUCAGGACCCUGUCUCACCUGCUGGAGGGCGGCGGUGUCUCCUCUUUAGAGAACUCCCUCUUAGAGAACUCCCUGCAGCAGUCCCUGCAAUGUUCUUUAGAGAACUCCCUGCAGCAGUCCCUGCAAUGUUCUUUAGAGAACUCCCUGCAGUGUUCUUUAGAGAACUUCCUGCAGUGUUCUUUAGAGAACUCCCUACAGCGUUCCUUCUGCAGGACGACACCUCCACCAGACAACACCGUCACCGCCUUCCACUACCAGUAUUCGACGCCGCCCCUGAGCCAGCAUUUCCUCCCUGAGGCGCCUCAUUUUUCGAGUUAUUACUCCACCUCCAGUCACAACUCAGUCACCAGCUCGCCCUCCACAAUGCGAGGAUCACUCGGCAGUGCCAGCGACCCCGAGAACCUCCUCUCCGACGACUCGGGUCUGUUGGAGGACAACCUCGAUGUCUUCCAUGACAUCCCCACCUUGAGUGUUGCUGAUCCCCUCGACGUCCUCCUGGGAGCUGAGAGGGACGCCCUUGUCUUCACCACCGAGCUGUGUAACUAACACAGAUUCUCACUUACCUGAGACUGAAAAAGUCAACGAAGUUAUACAGCAGCAGUGAAAAGUUGUGUAGAAUGUAGAUCUUGACCUCAGUAUAUAAGGAGACUGUACUCUGAGGAACAGUGUCCCUAAUACUGAGUUAUGUGUACUGUACGUGUAUCUGUCAUGUAUGGAGGUGUGUAAGUGUGUGUACCUAGUCAAGGGAAAGGUUUGUGUUUACGUGUUGGCAGACAGCAAGAGGCAAGAGUGUUGUGCGACAGACUAUUGUACUCACAGUUAAGUAAAAUCUGCCCGACAGUUUUUCAGACACUUUAACACUCCCUUAAGAUAAGAACCGUAGAAUACUGUAUACAUAUGACCCGUCAACACAAGCAAUGCUAAUCUACUGUGCCAUGGUGUGUCCUGGUAACGU